GGGCUGGCAGGAUCCAGGCUCUGGUAGCCAAGGAUCUUUCCCCCCCUUGUUCUCAGCCUGAGCCUGCUUGUCCCACUCCUUUGAGAGGAGUGGGAGGAAUAGUGUUUUUCAUGGGCCUGCAGGUUUCUGUAUGAAUCUGGAGGGCCUGGGGUCCCUAAUACCCUCAGUCCAGUGUCUGAUGGUCUGGGGAGAAAUCGGGGAAGGAACCCAGGCAGAAGCAUGGCCCAGAGCAAGAGGCAUGUGUAUAGCCGGACACCAAGUGGCAGCAGGAUGAGUGCCGAGACAAGCAGCCGACCCCUCCGUGUAGGGUCCCGAGUGGAGGUGAUUGGGAAGGGCCACCGUGGUACCGUGGCCUAUGUGGGGGCCACACUGUUUGCCACAGGCAAGUGGGUAGGUGUGAUCCUUGAUGAAGCCAGGGGCAAGAAUGAUGGGACUGUCCAAGGAAGGAAGUACUUCACGUGUGAGGAGGGGCAUGGCAUCUUUGUCCGCCAAUCACAGAUCCAGGUGUUUGAAGAUGGAGCAGAUACCACAUCCCCAGAGACACCAGAUUCCUCAGCCUCAAAAGUUCUCAAGAGAGAAGCAACUGACCCAGCUGCCAAGGCCAGCAAACUGCGAGGAUUGAAGCCUAAGAAGGCACCGGCCACCCGAAAGACUACCACCCGCCGGCCCAAGGCUGCCCGUCCUACCAGCUCGGGGGCAUCAGGGGCUGGUGGCCCUGCAGGCCCCUCAGGUUCAGCCUCUGCCUCAGCCUCCACUGGGGAGAUGAGCAGCAGUGAACCCAGCACCCCAGCACAGACACCCUUGGCAGCCCCCAUCAUCCCCACGCCUUCGCUCACUUCCCCUGGGGCAGCUCCUCCAUUGCCUUCGCCCUCCAAGGAAGAAGAAGGGCUGAGGGUGCAGGUACGCGACCUGGAGGAAAAGCUGGAGACCCUGAGGCUGAAGCGUGCAGAGGACAAGGCGAAGCUGAAAGAACUCGAGAAGCACAAGAUCCAGCUGGAGCAGGUGCAAGAAUGGAAGAGCAAGAUGCAGGAACAGCAGGCGGAGCUGCAGCGAAAGCUCAAGGAGGCCCGGAAGGAAGCCAAAGAUGCCUUGGAGGCAAAAGAACGCUACAUGGAGGAGAUGGCUGACACCGCCGAUGCUAUAGAGAUGGCCACUCUGGACAAGGAGAUGGCUGAGGAGCGCGCGGAGUCCUUGCAGCAGGAGGUGGAGGCUCUGAAGGAGCGUGUGGAGGAGCUCACCACCGACCUGGAGAUCCUCAAGGCGGAAAUCGAGGAGAAGGGCUCUGAUGGGGCUGCAUCCAGUUACCAGCUCAAGCAGCUGGAGGAGCAGAAUGCCCGGCUGAAGGAUGCCUUGGUGAGAAUGCGGGACCUCUCUGCCUCAGAGAAGCAGGAGCACGUCAAACUUCAGAAGCUCAUGGAGAAGAAGAACGUGGAGCUGGAGGCCCUGAGGCAGCAGCGCGAGCGCCUUCAGGAGGAGCUGGGCCAGGCUGAGCGCACCAUCGAUGAGCUCAAGGAGCAGGUAGAUGCAGCCCUGGGAGCAGAAGAGAUGGUGGAAACGCUGACAGACAGGAACCUGAACCUGGAGGAGAAAGUUCGGGAGCUGCGGGAGACUGUGGGAGACUUGGAAGCUAUGAAUGAGAUGAAUGAUGAGCUGCAGGAGAAUGCCCGGGAGACUGAGCUUGAGCUUCGGGAGCAGCUGGACAUGGCAGGCACCCGCGUGAGAGAGGCCCAGAAGCGUGUAGAGGCUGCUCAGGAGACGGUUGCUGACUACCAGCAGACUAUAAAGAAAUACCGACAGCUGACUGCCCAUCUGCAGGAUGUGAAUCGGGAGCUGACUAAUCAACAAGAGGCUUCGGUGGAGAGGCAGCAGCAGCCGCCUCCUGAAACCUUUGACUUCAAGAUUAAGUUUGCUGAGACUAAGGCCCAUGCCAAGGCCAUUGAGAUGGAGCUGAGGCAAAUGGAAGUGGCCCAGGCCAAUAGGCAUGUGUCCUUGCUUACGGCCUUCAUGCCAGACAGCUUCCUGAGGGCUGGUGGAGAUCAUGACUGUGUUCUUGUUCUGCUGCUCAUCCCCCGCCUGGUUUGUAAGGCAGAGCUAAUCAGAAAGCAGGCACAGGAGAAGUUUGAUCUGACUGAGAACUGUGCGGGGCGCCCAGGACUUCGAGGGGCUCCUGGGGAGCAGCUCAGCUUUGCUGCUGGCCUGGUGUACUCACUGAGCCUCCUGCAGGCCACACUUCAUCGAUAUGAGCAUGCCCUGGCUCAGUGCAGUGUGGAUGUCUACAAGAAGGUUGGUAGUCUCUACCCCGAGAUGAGUGCCCAUGAGCGUUCCUUGGACUUCCUCAUUGAGCUGCUGCACAAGGACCAGCUGGAUGAGACGGUCAAUGUGGAGCCCCUCACCAAGGCCAUCAAAUACUAUCAGCACCUGUAUAGCAUCCAUCUUACUGAGCAGCCUGAGGACUGUACUGUGCAGCUGGCUGACCACAUCAAGUUCACCCAGAGUGCACUGGACUGCAUGGCUGUGGAGGUGGGGAGGCUUCAUGCCUUUCUACAGGGUGGGCAGGAGGCCUCAGACUUGUCCCUUCUGCUCCGGGACCUGGAAACAUCCUGUAGUGACAUCCGACAGUUCUGCAAGAAGAUCCGCAGGCGGAUGCCGGGCACAGAUGCACCUGGGAUCCCAGCUGCUCUUGGUUUUGGGCCUCAGGUGUCAGAUACCCUUCUGGAUUGUCGAAAGCAUCUGACGUGGGUGGUGGCUGUGCUACAGGAGGUCGCUGCUGCAGCUGCACAACUCAUUGCUCCCCUGGCUGAGAACGAGGGUCUGCCCUCUGGAACCCUGGAAGAGUUGGCCUUCAAGGCAGGGGAGCAGAUCUAUGGGUCUCCAUCAAGCAGCCCCUAUGAGUGCCUUCGACAGUCCUGCAGCAUCCUCAUUGCCACCAUGAACAAGCUGGCCACAGCUAUGCAGGAGGGAGAAUAUGAUGCAGAGAGGCCCCCCAGCAAGCCUCCCCCCUCUGAACUUCGGGCUGCAGCCCUUCGUGCAGAGAUCACUGAUGCUGAGGGGCUGGGGCUGAAGCUGGAGGACCGGGAGACUGUCAUUAAGGAACUGAAGAAGUCCCUAAAGAUCAAGGGAGAAGAGCUGAGUGAGGCCAACGUGCGCCUGAGUCUCCUGGAGAAGAAGCUGGACAGUGCAGCCAAGGACGCAGACGAGAGGACCGAAAAGGUGCAGAGUCGACUAGAGGAAACUCAGGCCCUGCUACGAAAGAAGGAGAAAGAGUUUGAGGAGACGAUGGACACCCUCCAGGCAGACAUUGACCAGCUAGAGGCUGAGAAGCUGGAAUUGAAGCAGCGCCUGAGCAGCCAGUCCAAAAGGACGAUUGAGGGGCUGCGAGGGGCACCGCCCUCGGGCAUCGCUACCCUCGUCUCUGGCAUCACUGGUGAAGAACAGCCGCGAGGAGGGGCUGCAGGGCAGCCUCUGGCGAAUGUCCCUGGCCCGGGGCCGGUGAAGGACUCCCCGCUGCUGCUCCAGCAGAUUUCAGCCAUGAGGCUGCACAUCUCCCAGCUCCAGCAUGCGAACAGCACCCUCAAGGGAGCCCAGAUGAAGGCAGCACUGGCAGCUCUUCCUCCCUUGCAUGUGGCCAAGCUCACACCCAGAGUCCGGGAAGGCCCAGAUAGCGAACUAGCAGCUGGAACUUUGUACCGGAAAACUAGCCAGCUGCUGGACACACUUCAGCAGCUCAGCACGUGCACACGGGUGAUAGAUAUCACAAGGUCCAGCCCUGCUACAAAGAGCCCUGGGGCCCAGCUUCUGGAACAGCUUGCCCAGCUCCAAUCCCUGAGUGACACCAUCGACAAACUGCAGGAUGAGGUGAUGAAGGAGACUGUGUCUCAGCGCCCAGGAGCCACCGUCCCCACUGACUUUGCCACUUUCCCUUCAUCAGCCUUCCUUAGGGCCAAGGAAGAGAAACGAGAAGACACUGUAUAUGUGGGCAAAGUGACCUUCCCCUGCUCCGCUGGCCUUGGGCAGCGGCACCGACUGGUGCUGACCCACGAACAGCUGCACCGGCUCCACGGCCGCCUCAUCUCCUAGCUCCAUCUGCCUCCCUCUACUCCUUUUCAUGUUUCCCUGACACCCUGAGGGUUCUGCCUGCUGCUGCCUCAUCCCACCUUCCCACAGACAUGUCCCAGAUAAGAAUAUCACUACUUGUGUAAAGCCAUAAUGCUAACCCUCUCCCAUCCCCUACUUGUGGCUCCCCCAAGCCCCUGGCCUUAGCUGCUCCCUCCUUUGGGGGUAGUGGGGGGAAGGAGCAGGGUUGGCCUGGCCCAGGGGAGGAGUGCUCAGCCCUAGCAUGGGGCAUCAUCCCCUCAAUAAAGCAGCUUCUUCCUCAGCACUAUAUGCAUGGUGUUGGUGGUAGAAGGCAGGGGUGGGGGCCAAAGGGAUGGCCGUGUGCAGACACUGGGACCAAGCCAGUCCCCCACAGUGCCUCAGAGGGCAGCAGCUUUCACUCUCUCCUUCUGGCAGCCAGGGGUCUGAGACAGGAGAGAAAGGGAGGUCGUCUACUUGAGGGUCCACAUUCAUGGCCAGGUGUGCCCAGUGGAUGGUAGCCCUUAGAGUUGAGAAGGCUCUUUAGAGAUCAUCAUACCCAGCCCCUGCAUUUUUAGCAUCACAUUCAUUGGGUGCCUUGUGCAUUAUGCUGAGCAUACAAAGACUGACUGAAGACAGAACAUGGUGGGGUGGUGGGUCAUUCAUGUUUGCUGAGUGCGAAGUGGUCCUCAGACCAACCCAGUGCCCUGUAGGUAAUGGGAGGGUGAGAAGCCCUAUUUUUUUUGGGUACCAACCUUAUGCUCAUUCCCUCCACUCCCCCUACAUUCCUGCUCUAGGCAGCAAGAAUAAAAUCUCCCCAUAUGAUCUAUCCAGGGUGCUGAAGGCCAUCCCCUGGAUCCUUAUUCCUUUGUAGACAACAGUCUUGACAGUGGCUUUAUACUGCUUGUGUCAGACUCAAAUAGAAGCAGGUGGGAUGUGUUACCCCCACAAAUUAACAUUA